AUGCGUGUGUUCCACGUGUGCGACACGCGCGCAGAGGACAUGAGCGGCGCGUUGGAGGAGCAGAGCGCGGGCGCGCUGCUGAGGGUGCCGCGCGCCGUGCGGGAGACGAAGCGCGUGCGCGACGACGCCGUGUCGCUCAAAGGCACGGUCGCCAGCAUCCUGCAGCGGCUGCAGCAGGUGGAGGCCACGUCAGCAGCAUCAGUGGCGGUGCUGGCAAAGGUGGAUGCAGUGAAGCACCAGAUGGAAGCAGCGAGAGACACGAUCCAGUAUGCAGCGGGGCUGGCACUUCUGAGCGCGUCAGUGGAGCAGGUGUUCGCCAGUGGGGACCUGCCACGUGUCGCCGAGACAUUGGCCAACAUGCGGCGCUGCCUGGAGGUGGUGGGCGAUGCACCGGAGUUUGCAGCCAACAAGAGGCAGCUGCAAUCGCUGGAGGACCGCCUGGAGCAGAUGGUGCAACCGCGGCUGUCAGACGCGCUCACACACAGCAAGUUGGACGCGUGUCGCUCGCUGACAGGCAUCCUGGCAGCCAUAGGCCGGCAGCACACAGUGGAAGCUCUCUUCUGCCCCGUGCGCUGCCGCCCCCUCACACGCCUGUGGGAACAGUUCGAGGUCACAGCUGUGGCACCGGGCGCAGGCCCAUUGGCAGCAGCGUUAUACGUCUCAAUCACGGCCAUCCACUCGCCUCGCUCUCCUGCUCGCCCUGCACGCCACCACCACCACCUUCCCCCGCAACCUCAUCCCCUUCUCUCGCUCUCCUCGCCCUAUAUUUUUCUCCUACUGCUGUUUCCUGCCUUCCCUCACGUGUCUGCAGCGUCUCAAUCGCGGCCAUCCACCCACCUGGCUCUCCUGCUCGCCCUGCACGCCACCACCACCACUUUCGCCCGCAACCUCUCCCGCCUCCUCGCCUCCCUUCCUUCCGCCACCGCCGAUGCCACUAAACCAUCCUCCACUGAAAAAAACACCCAAGGAGCCGCCGCAGCAGCAGCAGCAGGAGGAGGGACAGGAGGAGCGGCAGGAGCAGGAGCAGGCGGAGGGGAGAAGGGCAGCAAGAGAGGGGGAGCAGGAGGGGGAGCAGGAGGGGGAGCAGGAGGGGGAGCAGGAGGGGGAGCAGGAGGGGGAGCAGGAGGGGGAGCAGGAGGGGGAGCAGGAGGGGGAGCAGGAGGGGGAGCAGGAGGGGGAGGGCCAGUGAGUGUGAGCGCGGUGGUGUGGGCGGUGUUGUUCCGUCCCCUAGAGCCGUUCAAGCAGCGCCACGGGGACUAUGAGCGCGCACAGCUGGCGGCGGAUCUGGCCGGCAUAGAUCUCCGACCGGGCGGUGCAGUGAAGCAAGUGGGGCAGCGCGGACUCGUGCUGGUGGAUGCUGUGCGGCGCAUGGAGGCGGCCAUCCCAGCAGCCAUGGCAGCACUCGAGGCAGCAUUGGAGCGCUGCCUCGCCUUCACAGGGGGCUCAGAGGCAGCAGCGCUCCUCACCGCUCUCGACCACUCCAUCCUCCUCUUCCUCUCCCGCCUCUCCUCCUGCCUCCAGUCCCUCCCCCCUAUCUGCGGCCUCUCCCCUCCCACCCCUCCUUCCUCCACCACUCCUUCCGCUCCAACCCGAGCCUCCGGCCCAGGCUCAGACCGAACCAAUCCAGUGUCAGACGAUCCGUUAGCCAGUGUACCGGACCCAGCGGGUCUUUGA